AAUAAUAGUUAAAUGUUUUACAGGUCGACGUCAUAAUGAGAAUAGUAUUAUUGUAUUGUGUCGUCAUAGUUGGAUUAACAAGUGGACAAUUACUUUCCCACCCCCAAGAACAUGAGAGUUGUAACAAGGAAAGAUGCGCAUCGGUCGUUAGUUAUUGUUUAAUUCAAGACAAAUGCGGAUGCGAUCCCCAUGUUAAUUGUUCAUGCUGCGGAGAUUGCGCAAAUUGUCUCGGCGAAGAUUAUUUAAGUUGCUGUGAUUGUGUUGGAAUGCGGAAAGGUCGUAAUUACACGGCAAUCCUUCCCCCAACUAUGUUAAGCACCGUCGGCCAUCUUGAUGAACCUGAACCUCGCUUAUUCGCCGCCCUUACUGACCAACCAAUGCCUGCGCUCCGCUACACCAUCAUGCGGUUCCUGUCAUUGAAGAACUUGCCGCACACCGCAGUAGAGAGCUAUACGAACAUACGGAAGGUUAGCGUUUUAAUUCAUUACUUGCUUGGUUUGACUUUAUUCAUGUUAGGCCAACCGUUGGAGGGCGCUGAAGAUCGACCAUCGUACUGGGAAGGUGUGGGUUUAGUUCUUCGUCGAAACUAUGACUUUGACAUAUCGGACGAGUCACUCGUGUGCACAGUGGUUUACUUUGACCAAUGUAUGGCCUUACACGAUUGUAGGAUGAGUUGCAGUUCAACUGGUGCUUUGUCUUACCGUUGGUUCCAUAAUGGUUGUUGUCAGUGCGUUGGUUUCAAUUGUUUAAACUACGGAAGCACGCAACCACAGUGUACAGACUGCAUGCGAUGACGUCAUUUAACGUCAUAAACCCCAAACGAACAGCAAGGUGACGUCAUAAUGGACAUUAUGCAAACGACGUUCCGCUAAAUAAACCAUUGUUCAUAAAUGACGUCAUA